AUGAAGACGGCACUGCUGGUGAUUGAUAUGCAGCAAUACUUUAGCGACAUGGCUGAAAAGGCCACGCCCAACAUCAAGACGCUUCAGAAGCACUUUUCAGACCAAGCAAAGCCCAUCAUUUACACGCAGCACGGCCAUCCAGAAGAGGAUUUUAAGCGUCCCUACAAAAACCAGCUCGUGCGCAAAUGGGGAGUCGACGGCUCCAUCCACCGCGGGAGUCCCGACUGGGAGCUGAUUCCCUGGGUGAAGCAGUCCGUCGGCGACGCGCCCGUGGUCGCCAAGAACACCUACGACGCCUUUGUCAAUACCAACCUCGCCCAGUUGCUCGAGCGCGACCAGGUGGACCGCGUCGUCGUUUGCGGGGUCAUGACGGACUGCUGCUGUGAGACGACGGCCCGGAGCGCGUUCAAUCUCGGCUGGGAGACGUGGCUGGUCAGUGAUGCGUGCUAUAGUGUCGACGAGGAGCAGCAUCAACGGAGUCUGCAUGAUUUUGCUUUUGGGUACGGCCCCUUGUGGACGACGGACCAAGUCAUUGAUGCACUGAAAAAGGAGGACAAGUUGUAG